AUGUCCUCCCAACCACUCCUCCAAACCGCACCGGGUACGUCGCAUAGCCAAUUCCUCCUCCUCCUCCUCCUCCUCCUCCUCCUCCUCCUCCUCCUCCCUUCCCUCCACGCAACCAACUAACCUCUCCCCCCCUCUCUCUCUCAGGCAAACGCAUCGCCCUCCCCACCCGCGUCGAACCCAAAGUCUUCUUCGCCAACGAGCGAACCUUCCUCUCCUGGCUCAACUUCACCGUCAUCCUCGGCGGCCUCGCCAUGGGCCUGCUCAAUUUCGGCGACACCGUGGGCCAGAUCUCCGCCGUCCUCUUCACGCUCGUCGCCAUUGCCGCCAUGCUCUACGCCCUCGUCACGUUCCACUGGAGGGCCAAGUCCAUUCGCAUGAGGGGCCAGGGUGGUUUCGAUGAUAGGUUUGGGCCUACGGUCUUGGCUAUUGCGUUGCUCGCAGCCGUGAUAGUGAAUUUCGUGCUGAGGUUUACGGGGACGGCAUAG